CGCCAAAACAACAUGGAGGAAAACGAAAACUGAUGAGGUGAAAUGGAGAGUUUGUUUUGAUAAGUUCGUAGCUAACAGGGAAGCCAACGUUAACUGAUAUCCCUGGGCAAGUCCAUGCUGUAAAUUGCUCCCGCAAGGCAGCAGCAAGUACCAUUUUUAAAGUGUUUGGUAUUACCCAACCUGGGUGUGAUCCUGGAGUCUACCAACUUCGCACAGAAAUCAGUGUGUCAUUAUAUGCUAAUUAUCUCAAUGAUAUAGGGGGACACUAUUGCCGUGUCAAGUUGACACUUCACAUUUAGUGGUUUUACUAGCGAUCCUCAUAUUUCAUACAAUUGUGAAGAUGGCUAGUGGACAAGUGAGGACACCAAACACGUUGAUGACGUUAGAAGCAGAUGACAACACUGGCAGUCUUUUGUCAACAGGUGUGGUAGAGCGCUCACAGAGUAGUCAGGAGAUGGUUUACAGACCAUCAUCGAGGCAAUCGAUAGGCAGCCGAGUUGGCAGGUUAGAUUCAGGUUUGUCACAAAGAACUCCAACCCCUACCAAACAAGUCUUCCUCACAACAGUGCGGCGCAAGGAUGGCGUAGAGACUGAGGAGAGACCAGAUAGCGGGUUCAGUCAGGCUUCCAGGAGGCUUAAUGGUUUCUAUGGAGAUGUUCAGUCUGUGACGUCAAAACUCAACAAGCCACACCCGGAAGAAGUGAAACAAGUCGCAAACAGGGGAGACCACUCUGGCAGAACUCACACUGCAAGAUGCAAUGCAGACGGUUACCCCCUGUGUUCAAACAAGAAUAAUUCCGGACCAGCUGACUCUGAUCUUCCACCUACUGAACUGGAUCAAAACAAACCAAGAGAUGAGCUCAAAAGUCACAGAAGUGAUCAGGUGAACCCUGAUGAUGAUGCUGAUGAUAAAGAAGAGGAAGACAGCGAUGAUGAUGAUGAUGAAGAUGGUGAUGAGAGGGAGGAUAGAAAUAAGGCCCCAAGUCAGUUACUAAUGGAGUUUUUGGGAUGCUUGAUGGAAAAAGACUACAAAAAUGCUGAGAAACUGUGCAAAAUGAUCUUACUGUAUGAGCCGGAACACCCAGAAGCUUUAAAGUUCCAGCCACUUAUACAAGAAAAACUUCAGCAAGAAGAAGAUAAUAAUAGUGAGGGUGAAUCUGAUGAAGAUGAUGAUGAAGAUGAACAUGACGAUGAUGAUAGCAACAGUGAGCAUUCUGACUCUGAGGAUUCAUCCAGUGAGGAGGAUGAAGAAGAUCAGUCUAAUUGAAAGUGAAAGUUUUCAUCACCCUUGACUAAUUCGAGGCCGUGAUUGGUAGAGGCAAACCAAGUGUCAUUUUUAACCAAAAUGCUGAGUCAGGUGUACUUGAUUUUGAAUUUGCUCCAUUUGGUCUUGAUUCAUUUGGACAUGCCACACCAGCAUGAUGUACUAUGAUCCAGAAGUUCCUCUCCAGCCGUACAUGGGAAAGUCUGACAUUAGCCUGCGGAUGGUAGUGGGUUUCCCUUGGGCCCUGCCCGGUUUCCUGCUGCCACAAUGCUGGCUGCUGGCGUAUAAGUGAAAUGUUCUUGAGCACAGUGUAAAACACCAAUCAAUAAAUAAAUAAGAAUCAGUUGGGUGGUACAUGUAUUAGUCCGCAUCUGCCACUGUGUAAUUGGAAGAUCUCAGAGUGACUGGAAUUAUUGGACUGUUUGACCCACAUGUUCAUGCCUGAAGCUUAUGUAUACUGAUACAAAAUAUUUGUACGUCUCCGUGAUAUGCGACAUUAUGUGUCAUUUUAUAGAGUGUGAAGCAGGCCUUGGAUGGAGCUGUAACAAAGAUGUUUGAAUGUAAUGAGUUGUAGAUAUUAAAACCUGGAACACCAUAUAUGUAUGUCCAUGUACUUCAGAACAGAGGAGCUGAUAUGGAAAAGAUGUGAAUACAGACGGGAAUCACAUUAUUUACUGACAACAAUUCCAUUAUCUAUCAGUUAUCAUGAAAAUAAUGGAAAUGCAUUAUUUAUUAUUUGCUGAACAUUUUUUCCAUGAAGGUCUGUGUUUGAAAGUGCUGAAUGGAUAUCUGUCUAUUUAUAUGUGUAAAUGUAUUCCGACAUUCCGUCCAUGUUUCUGUGCCAUUAUGUCAAAUUCUGAUGUAUUUGGGUGGUAGUCGGUCGUAUAUGUACCUUGAUGACAUUGAGAACAUUGUUUGUUGACAUAGCCUAUCAGAAUUUAUAGUAAUUUUGUACUGAUUCAUGUAAGUAAACUUCCUUGUAGAUCAUAAAAUA